UAUGUUUUAUUUACAAUAAUUAUAGUAGCGUGUAGAAACUUUUUACGUGUAUUUUUAAUAUAUUAGUAAUAAUUUUCGAAGUUAAGAUAAUUUAAGAAAUGGAAGAGGAUAAGAAGGGAGAACGUAAAAGGAAAAGAUUUGCAGCACGUUUAAAAAGUUCUAAAGGAAUCACUUGUACAGAAAUAUAUGGUCCGAAUAUUGUAUUAUGUAAUGCUGGGCAGGCUACGGGUUUAGAAAAAGAAGUUAUUCACAAACUUAUAGAGCUUUUACAUUUGGAUAUUGGUGUUCCUAAAUAUAUCGCACUUAAAGGGGAGACUCAUUCCUUUUUGAUAUUUAAAAAUACAGAAGAUGCAACAUUAUUUUACAAAACUUACAACAAUAAAGCGAAAAUUAUUGAAAAUGGACCUCCUCUUCACAUGAGUUUUGUUGAAAAUGUGCCAAAUAAUGAAAUUGUUAAUCAGCAUGCUAACCCUAAAGGGCUUAUUCUAUUAGACAACUUCAUUAAUGAAGAAGAAGAAAAUGAUUUUAUUUCACUCUUUGAUUGGGCCGAAAUGUCUAAUAACUUAAAGAACAGACAAGUGAAACACUAUGGUUAUGAAUUCAGAUAUGGAAGUAAUGACGUGGAUCUUAAUGCUCCACUGUUGGAGAAGAUUCCAGAACAAUGUGAUGUUUUAUGGAAGAGAUUAUGUGAAAAGGGAUUUGAUGUAGGUGUACCUGAUCAACUGACUGUAAAUAAAUAUGAACCUGGACAAGGAAUACCAUGCCAUGUAGACAAACAUAGUCCAUUUGGCGGCACCAUCCUCUCUCUUUCUCUUGGGUCCCCUGUGGUGAUGGAUUGGAAGCACCACAGUGGGAUCCAGGUCCCACUAAAAUUGCAAUCUAGGUCUUUGUUGAUCAUGCAAGAUGAGGCAAGAUAUGACUGGCAGCAUGGUAUCCAAUCAAGGAUGUGGGAUCCCGUCAUCGAAAAUCGAAUCUCAGAUAAUACAACUCCUUUCCAAGUGAUCACCCAUGACACAGUGCCUAGACAAACUAGAAUAUCCUUAACUUUCCGUUGGACUCGUUCAGGCCCUUGUCAAUGUGUGUACAAGACAUUAUGUGAUAGUGUAUCGAAAAGCAAUGGUGAUAUAAAAGACGACAUAGCUUCCAACUUAGAAGAAUUGCAUGUUCAUCAGGUGUACGAGCAGAUAGCGGGCCAUUUCAGCACGACAAGACACAAGCCGUGGCCCAAGGUCGUGGAGUUCAUGCAGCAAGUGCCGCCAGGGGCCGUAGUACUAGACCUCGGCUGCGGCAAUGGCAAGAAUAUACUCAGGAGAAACGAUAUUUUACAGAUAGCAGGCGAGCGCAGUUCCGGCCUCCUGUCGGAAUGCAAGCAUCACAUACAAGAUAUCGCGGGAUCAGACUGCGUACGGCUUGACGUGCUUCACGCUGGACUAAAGGACGAAUGCUCAGAUUUCGUCAUAUGUGUCGCUGUUAUACAUCACUUCAGUAGUAAGGCUCGAAGAUUGCAAUCAAUAUCUACGAUAGCUCGUUUACUGCGGCCGGGCGGUCGUGCGCUCAUCACGGUUUGGGCUAAAGACCAGACCAAGUCAAAUUACCUCCUUAAAUCCAAGAACCAAGAGUCCAACCAAGAGGUUAUGUCCGUUGCGGGCAUCACCUUACCUGUACACGAGAACAGAACUCAGUUCAAACACAACGAUCUUCUCGUUCCCUGGAAAUUGAGGAUCAAAACCGAAAACAAGUUAUCCCCUCAACCUGAAAACACACUUCUAAGAUACUACCACGUCUUUGAAGAAGGUGAACUGGAUAGUCUAUGUAAAGAAAUUCCUACUAUUCACGUAGAAAACAGUUUCUGCGAAGAGGGUAAUUGGUGCGUGAUAUGCAAGAAAAUACAGUGAUCCAACAUGUA